CGUAUGCCGAUAUUUCAAGAAAGACAUUAUAAGUCUUCUCAAGAGAGGGCCAGGUGUGGUCGAUUUCAUGCAGAUAACAAUCACAGAAGUUACUGCAACGCAUCUCACUCUGUGUACUAUCCUUAUCAUAAUCCUUAUCAUAGAAAAAACCCGGUUGAUAGCAAGUUUUCUCAGUCGAAUGAAUAAAGCAUAGGCCUACUAUAGACACUAGUUAUAUUUCUCGCAUCCUUAAGUGAAGAACUAAACCCAAUUGAGUGUUUUAGAAAAAAAUAUGGCAGGUAGUUCACCUGUCAAUACGUUGACCAUUAAUCGUGAGAAGAUUUUGGGAAAAGGAAAAUACGGCAUUGUUUAUGAAGGUGUUUGGGGUGAAACUAAAGUAGCCGUCAAACGAAUUCCUAUAGAUAAUGCCGCGAGCAGUAAAGGAGAGUUAAAUAUGCAAAUAGCUUUUGAUCAUGAAAAUGUCGUCAAGUUAUUCCACGUUGAGGAGGACGAAGACUUCAAGUGUUUUGCCCUUGAACUGUGCAAUGCAUCUUUGGAUCAACUAUUUCUUAAAGAAAAUGAUCCGAAAAAAUACCGUGGCCCAAUGCCGCAAAAAAUGGAAGUCCUUCUCCAAUUGGCUAAAGGACUCGAGUACAUACACAAAAUGGAAUUAAUCCAUCGCGACAUUAAGCCAGAGAACGUUCUCAUUUGGGUGAAUCCAAACACUAAGCAGGUUUUGAUGAAAUGGGCAGAUUUCGGUUUCAGCAAAAGUGUGAACGAAAAUGGAACUUUCACCAUGAGUGGAGUGAAGGGAACAUUCAAUUGGUUAGCACCAGAAAUAUUGAAAUUAAUGGACGAUACCAAUUCUGCUGAAACCGAAGUUCAGAAAAGAGGAACCGUCAAGAGCGAUGUAUUUGCAGAAGGCCUCGUCUUUGGCUUCUUCCUUUCGGAAGGGGUUCAUCCCUUUAUUGGCACUUCAAGUUAUCAAAUUCCAAUGAACGUACGAACGAAAAAACCAGACUACCUUCCCAAAAGGAAAAAAAUUCGUAAUAUAAUCAUAAAGAUGUUAGAAAAAGCACCAGAGAACCGAAUUGCAUCGUCCAAUGUCGUUGCACUGCUCGAAGAAGAAAAGGAGGGAAGGGUAGAAGAGAUGUUCACUCUACUUAGAGGAAGGCCAAAGGAAACAGAAAUAAAAGAACUAAUACAAGAAGGCGUGGAUAUAAACGCGAAAGAUCAAAAUGGAUUGACACCACUACUUCAAUUGGUGACUUACAAAAAGAAUAGUGAUUAUAUUGUAGAAAAACUUUGUCUCCUGAUAAAACACGGGCGAGUCAACAUCGAUUCAAUUGAUAGCAACGGGAUCGAUAUUAACUGCAAAAACAAACACGGAAAAAAUGCUCUCACUCUGUUGAGCCACCAUUAUGAAAAGGAAAAUUUGAUUGACAUCAUUCAACUUUUGAUUCAAAAUGGAGUCGAAGUCAAUUGCAAAGACAACGACGGAGACAAUGCUCUCACUUUCUUGUGCCGCUAUUAUAAAAACGAAAAUUUAAUUGACAUCAUUCGACUUUUGAUUGAAAAUGGAAUCGAAGUCAAUUGCAAAGGCAAGUACGGAAAUAAUGCUCUCAUUUUCUUAUGCGAUAAUUAUAAAAACAAAAAUUUAAUUGACAUCAUUCGACUUUUGAUUGAAAAUGGAAUCGAAGUCAAUUGCAAAGACAACGACGGAGAAAAUGCUCUCACUUUCUUGUGCCGCUAUUAUAAAAACGAAAAUUUAAUUGACAUCAUUCGACUUUUGAUUGAAAAUGGAGUCGAAGUCAAUUGCAAAGACAAUGGAUUAAAUAUAACUCCAGAAACGGUCACCUUCUUCAAGGAAAAUUAUCACAAAGAAAACCGCGAUGAAAUCUUGCAAUUAAUUGAUCAACAACAUCCAGAUGACCCAGUGAGCAAACGAAUGAAGUUAGAAUAA